AUGACACGAACCGGGAGCGCGCGUAUCUACCAUCCAGCAGAGGUAAAGAAUGCGAUACUGGAGGCGUUCGAUGCUAAGGCAGAUUGGAAGACCACUGCACUCAUUUUGAACGUGAACAUCAAAACAUGUCGAAGCUGGAUACAGAACAAGUACCUAAAGAAACCGAAAGGGAAGCACGGUGGGGGGCGUCGCAAGGCUUUAACAGAUCUGCAAGUGGAUAGUAUUAUGGAAUGGGUAGCUGAACAGCCGACGAUCACAUUGGAGGGAAUUCGAUCCCGUUUGAAAGAUGUUUUCGACUUGAAAGUGGAUACUAGCACUGUGGCGCGUAGUGUCGAUGGAAGAGUGAUAACAGUGAAGAAGCAGUUGGGAAGUGAGGAGUGUGAGAAUACGUUGGAGAACGAGCAGCGCAGGAAAGCGUACGUGUUGGAGUUGCUGACGUUUGAAUCGGAAGGGAGGCAGUUGGUAUGGAUAGACGAGAUGCAAUUGAAAUUGUUCGGUAGUCGCAGCGUGUGCGAUUAUUCCUCAGGUUACAGCAAGAUCUAUGGUCGUGGUUUGAACCUGUAUAUUUUGGUUGCGCUGACGAAGGCGGGGUUGCUCGGCUUUUCACUUAUCCAAGGUGGAUUUUUCGUGGAGGUGCGUGCGAAUUGGCUGCGCGAACUAUUGGAGGACAACGUUCGCAUGUUGAUCGAUGGGUGUGUGCUGAUUUGUGGCAACAGUUCGUUGCACUCUGCAUUGGACGUAGUACUGGAAGAGGAACGGUAUCGCGAGGGACGUCAAGUGCGUCUUUCUCCGUAUUGUCCCACAUUAAAUCCAGUGGAGGGUGUGUGGAGCAUCAUCCGAACGCGGGUAAGUGAGACAAUGAGACUGCAGCGCUCCGAGAUACUAAGUGGUGACCCAACCUUCGUCAUGUCCAAGAGUGAGUGGAGAAUGCGAAUAUUGGAGGAGGCAGUGAAUGAAGCAAAAAGUCACUUGACUCCGGAUUACUGUAGACAAAUG